AAAUCUCCCCCAACCGGAAUUAGCAGGAAUUGUCACAUUUUCCAAAUUCAUGGAAAUGUAUAUUGAAUGCAUCUCUUUCUAUUUUUUUCAUUAGAAUAGCCUUAUACUCUGCAAUGAAGGACGUAUAAUCUUCGGAAGAGUUUUGCCAUAACCUUGCUUUUAUUCUUGCAUCCGUUUGAUAAAUUAAAACAGUUGAGCUAGGGAUCAUACCAACUUUGAAACGUUGGUAAUCUAGAUAAACUGUAUAGGCAUAUUUACAUAUGCUUCCAUCUUUUAGGAUCUAACCUACAGACUUGAUUCUGUAACAGCUAAUAAAUUAACAUUUACUUUUGUUUUUAACAGAUACAUUAUUGGAAUUGAUGUCAUCAAAUUCGAGAGCUGAAGCGCUAACUUGGACAUACUGAUCUUUGCCAGAGCCAAUCAUAUGCGCCGCCUUCAGUGGGCGGAGAGCACUCAUAAAUACAAGUUGCAGGCAAAGUUUCUCCCUAAACAAGACAUUAAUUUGUUUAAUCUUGUUGCAAAACCGGAAAACAAACACUGACAACAUGGUUGACUGGACAGACGCAGAGAAGAGCACCAUCAGUGCUGUCUGGGGCAAAGUAGAUAUCAAUGAGGUCGGACCACUGGCUCUAGGAAGAGUCCUGAUCGUCUACCCCUGGACUCAGCGUUAUUUCGGCUCUUUCGGAGAUGUGUCCACUCCCGCAGCAAUCAUGGGCAACCCCAAAGUUGCUGCUCACGGCAAGAUCGUGUGUGGGGCUCUGGAUAAAGCUGUGAAGAACAUGGGCAACAUCUUGGCCACAUACAAGUCACUGAGCGAGACCCACGCUAACAAACUCUUCGUCGACCCUGACAAUUUCAGGGUGUUGGCUGACGUCCUCACAAUUGUCAUUGCCGCCAAGUUCGGAGCCUCUUUCACUCCUGAAAUCCAGGCAACCUGGCAGAAGUUCAUGAAAGUGGUUGUCGCAGCCAUGGGCAGUCGGUACUUCUAAAUGCACCCCAGACAAGUGAUUAAGUUCUGACAUCCGUGCCUGAGUGAAAAUAAAGACAUCGAAACAAAC